AAGUUGAAGGAGAAGUUGAUGAUAACAACACAGCUAACCAGACAUUCUCGCUAUUAGAACGGUGACAAGAAAGGGCACAAAUCUCUCUCUCUCUCUCUCUCUCUCUAGGCUCUUGUCACUCUGGGGACUCUUGGAGCUUCUCUCUCUCUGUGUGUGUGUGUGUGAGAGAGAGUGAAAGAGAAAGAGAGGAAAAAGUGAGUGUGUAUUCUCUGCACCUCCUUGGAGGAUGACCAUGGAAGAGAUGAGGAUUGAAACCGAGACAAACUCCAUGGUCUCCAUGACGCUUUACGCUGUCAUGUACCCAGUUUUUAACGAGCUGGAGAGGAUCAACUUGUCAGCUGCCCAGACACUGAGGGCAGCCUUCAUCAAGGCAGAGAGGGAGAACCCAGGCCUAACUCAGGACAUCAUAAUGAAAAUUCUGGAGAAGAAAAACGUUCAGAUAAACUACACAGAGUCUCUGCUGCGCAUGGCUGCAGAUGACGUGGAAGAGUUCUUAGUGGACAGGCCAGAGCAGGAGUUUCAGGACCUAAAUGAGAAAUCCAGAGCUCUGAAACACAUCCUCAGUAAGAUACCUGAUGAGAUCAACGACAGGGUACGCUUCCUACAGACAAUUAAAGACAUCGCCAGUGCUAUAAAGGAGCUCCUGGAUACAGUUAAUAACGUCUUUAAGAAAUACCACUACCAGAACCGUAGGGCUCUUGAGCACCAGAAGAAGGAGUUUGUCAAAUACUCCAAAAGCUUCAGCGACACCCUCAAAACAUACUUCAAAGAUGGAAAGGCGAUCAACGUGUUCAUCAGUGCGAACAGACUGAUCCACCAAACCAACCUCAUUCUGCAGACCUUCAAGACUGUCAUAUAGGCUUUCCUUGGAGAGGCCAUCCAAUCUUCCAACAAAGCAGCAAAAAUGGCAUAUGAUCGGAGAGCACCUUCUACCAGAUUUAAAUGUACAAUAGAGGCUUGAUUUUGACCGGACAGUUUUAAUUUAUACCCUUGUGGUGCGUUCAACAAGGCUGAUGUUAGCAGUGAAAUACGUCAGCUUUUAAACUGUUAGCUAACGUUAGUGAAUGUUUUAAUGGCCAAAAGCUAGCUGAAGAACUUCAGCAUAUGUGAUAGCUUUUUUAGUUAUCCCUAGCUACUGUUUAAUUGUGUGAAUCAGCAUUUUAAAGUUUUGGGACAGUCUUGUUGAUCAGGCUGUGACGAUAACAGUAUGACAAUAUUUUCAAUUUUUCUUUGGUCCUAUAAAAUCUUGCUGUAUGUAAAAUAUUCUGUGCUUUAUCUUAGAAAUUAAAUCAAUGUGACAAGAUAAUGAUAUUUGUUUCUAAUAUUAGGGCUGUUUAUCUAAAGAUGUAAAAUGAG